AUGGGGGAUUUUCAGCAGUAUGAUCAAGACUUUUACCAGUCUGGCUACUAUAUUGAUGGCCAAGGACAGGAGCUAUACGACUAUGACUCAGCGUAUUCCAGCCCGGAUUACCAGGAUGUUGAUGGCUCAGCACAACUGACAGAGCACUACGCCCCUCAGAUGGACACGCCCUACACAGGACAAGUGUUCCAGCCAGCGGCUCCAUCUGGGUCACCAGCAUACACAGACUCUUUUGAGGAAGAGCCCCCGCUGCUGGAGGAGUUAGGAAUUAACUUCGACCACAUCUGGCAGAAGACUCUGACGGUGCUAAACCCGCUGAAACCAGCAGAUGGCAGUAUCAUGAAUGAGACAGAUUUAACUGGACCUAUUCUUUUCUGUAUUGCCCUGGGAGCCACACUGCUUAUGGCAGGUAAAGCCCACUUUGGGUAUGUGUAUGGUAUCAGCGCUCUGGGCUGUGUAGGGAUGUACUGUCUGCUGAAUCUGAUGAGUUCAUACAGCGUCUCCUGCGGAUGUGUGGCCAGUGUCCUGGGUUACUGCCUGCUGCCCAUGGUGGCUCUCUCUGCUUUUGCUGUAAUCUACUCCUUACAGGGAUUGCUGGGGACCCUGCUGGCCUUGUGUGUGAUUUGCUGGUGCAGCCUAUCGGCCUCUAAGAUCUUCACCUCCACGCUGGACAUGGGAGGACAGCAGCUGCUGGUAGCUUAUCCAUGUGCCCUGCUCUAUGGAGUGUUUGCUUUGCUCACUGUUUUCUGA